UUUUUUAGUGCUUCACGCUGCUAAUUUCUGUCAACGGACACUGAUCGUAUUUUUAUUGCACCCUUGCAUUUUACCCUGUGCAGCAAUUUGAUUAUUGAAAGGCAAUGGAGUGGACGGAUCCCAUUUCCAUAUUUUUACUUUUUGUCUUGACUAUUCUGUUUAUUAUGAAAACUGAAAAAUUCUGGAAUAGCAGCUUCAGAGAGGAUUUCCCUCCGGGACCAAAGCCUUUACCCAUCAUUGGAAAUCUGCAUAUAAUGGACCUGAAGAGGCCCUACCGGACUAUGCUGGAGCUGUCAAAAAAAUAUGGCCCAGUCUUCAGCAUUCAGAUCGGAUGUCAGAAAAUGGUGGUGCUGUCGGGAUAUGAGACGAUGAAGGAGGCUCUUGUGAACCAGGCAGAUGCAUUUGCAGAGAGACCAAAAGUCCCAGUAUUUGAAGAGAUUUCAAAAGGAUAUGGUAUUAUUUUUUCUCAUGGUAAUAACUGGAAAGUGAUGCGAAGAUUUACUCUCACGACCUUACGAGACUUUGGAGUGGGCAAGAGGGUCACAGAGGACCGGAUUGUUGAAGAGUGUGGAUUUCUGAUGAAGGAUAUUGAAUCUCGUAAAGGAAAGCCCUUUGAUAUCGCUACAAUUAUGAAUGCUGCAGUUGCCAAUAUCAUUGUGUCAAUAUUACUUGGAGAACGGUUUGACUACAAAAAUCCCAUAUUCUUAAGACUACUAAGUUUGAUAAAUGAAAACGUCAGACUGAUUGGAAGUCCAUCAAUUACGCUAUAUAACAUGUUCCCAGCCCUUGGAUUUCUACUCAAGAAUUUCAAGAUUCUUUUGCAGAACAUAAGUGAAUUGCACUCUUUUAUACAGCUUACUUUCAUAGAACGCCUCAAAGAACUGGACAAAAAUGAUCAGAGAAGUUUUAUUGAUGCAUUCCUUGUAAGACAACAGGAGGAGAAGGGAAAUGCCAAUGGAUAUUUCCAUAAUGCCAAUUUAAUGAGACUUGUGACCAACUUAUUUGCUGCUGGCAUGGAGACCACUUCCACCACACUGCGCUGGGGACUUCUGCUAAUGAUGAAAUACCCCCAGAUUCAGAGCAAAGUCCAAGAAGAGAUCACAAGAGUUAUAGGAUCAGCCCAGCCACGAAUCGAACAUCGAACUAAAAUGCCAUAUACGGAUGCAGUUGUCCAUGAAAUUCAGAGGUUCGCUAAUAUCCUGCCCAUGAACUUGCCUCAUGAAACCACUGAGGAUGUUACUCUAAAAGGCUACUUUAUUCCAAAGGGAACUUACAUCAUCCCCUUACUGGCCUCUGUCCUGCGGGAUGAAUCUCAGUGGAAGAAACCAGAUACAUUCAAUCCUGAGCAUUUUCUUGACCCCAAAGGAAAGUUUGUAAAGAAAGAGGCUUUCAUGCCUUUUUCAGCAGGUCGGAGGAUCUGUGCAGGCGAGACUCUUGCCAGAAUGGAGAUCUUCCUCUUCUUUACAAGCCUCCUGCAGAGGUUCACUUUCCAUCCUCCUCCUGGAGUUACCAGCUCAGACCUGGACCUCACCCCGAUGGUUGGGUUUACCACACCCCCAAUGCCCCAUAAGAUCUGUGCUGAGCCACGUUCUUAGAGCUCGUUGCCUUAGGCCAGUUUGGCAGAUAUAGGUAUGAUGGUCAGAAAAUCACAUGCCUGACCUAGCUAUGCCAGCAACACCCUCCCCCCAUUCCCCAUGUAGAUGCAGCUUAUACCAAGAGAAGAGUCUUUGUGAUGAUCUACUUGAUGUUGUUCAUGGAGGUGGUUUAAGGUCCUGGCAAAAUAACUCAUUUUGCCAGCAUAUGCUGUGUCUCCACUACAGGACUUUGCUGGUAUAGUUACACUGGUAUAGCUGUAUCAUCAAAGCCGUUGUGGUGUAGACUAACCCUUACUCGUGUGUAUCGUCAGCCCUCCCUCUGCAGACUCUCCCUGGUACCCUGCUGUGCACUGGCCUUUGCCUGUGGUUUGGCUCAUGAUUUGUUAGGACCCCAUCCUAGCCUCAGUUACACCAAUGGGCAACCCCAUUGACUCCAAUGAUGUUAGCAAGUUUGCACAGGUGUAACUGGGACUAGAGCCUUGUAUUGUCUGUUAUAUUGUACAACCUCAGAGGAGCCUCCGUGCCUAGCCCAGAACUUGGCCAUUCGCAAUGAAGAGGCAACAUCCACUGGAGAGAGAGCUGAAACAGCAUAGACUGAUGCAGAACACAUAGUGAAAUGUCCUCUGCACCAAAAUCCCCUGGAUGUUGCUAUCUCCACAGAUGCUGACCCUGCAUCUUCAGUUGUUAUUACUCCCUACUUUGGUGAUUUCCAACUUGGUGGGAGGGACACAGGAGAAGUGAGGAGUCUGCUCUGAAGGGAGGUGUGGUGAUGACAUUCAGUAACAAAAAAGGAACCUCUGCACUCCCAGGACUGCCCUGACCUCUGAGACUAUGUCUGUGCUAGGGGAUCACACGUGUUGUACCUUGUGUAGGAAAAGCACAUUGCACAUAUGAGUGGCUCCUGGCAUCUCUCCAGUCCCCACACAAGCUCCUUCUGUGCACCCUCCCAUCCCCUUCUUUGUCAGGGACCCCUUGCAACUCCCGCCAACCUCCCUCAUGCUAGAAGUUUUGUGAAUCUCAGUUCCCCCUCCUCCCAUAUCAGGAUCCCCCAUUCUCUCCUCCUGCCACAAUGGCUCUGUGUGCACCCCAUCUCCUAAUUCCCUCCAUUCUCCUCCCUGGCCAGGGCUCUGUGUGCCCCCCUUCACCCAUACCAGCUUCUUCCAAUCUCCCUACAACAGAGAUUGUGUGCCCCCCCAUGCUGUCUUCCCACCUUUCCAGGGUCCUCCAUUCUCUCCCUAGGGCAAAGGUUCUGUGUGCACCCCCACUCUCAGCUAAGCCUCCCAUUCUUCGCUAUACCCAUACUGGCCACAGAAUUUUCUUUGAUACCUUUAGCUUCUCCCAUCAAUUGUAUGCAUUUUUUAGCCACUACUUUGUACUCAUUUCUAUCAGACCCCCAUUUUUCUAUAUAUAUAUUUUAUGGUUGCUUUCAUUUCUCCUCUUACCCAGAUAUAUAAUUCCCCCCCUUCAAAACAAAACAAAACAAAAAGCCUUUUCUAUGAUUGUCCAAUUGUGUUUUUGGGCAGCUAAUAAACAGUGGUUCUCAACCAAGGGUCCAUGGGAUAUGCAGGGGUCUUCCAGGGGGAACAUCAACUCAUCUAGAUAUUUGCCUCAUUUUACAACAGGCUACAUAAAAAGCACCAGGGAAGUCAGUGCAAAGUAAAAUUGCAUACAACAACUUGCUUAUACUGCUCUAUAUACUAUACACUGAAAUGUAAUUACAAUUUUUAUAUUCCAAUCAAUUAAUUUUAUUAUUAUAUGGUAAAAAUGAGAAAGCUAGCAAUUUGUCAAUAACAGUGGGCUGUGACACUUCUGUAGUUUUAUGUCUGAUCUUAUAAGCAAGUAGAUUUUAAGCGAGGUUGAACUUGGGAGUACGCAACACAAAUCAGACUCCUUCCAGGGGUACAGUAGUUUGGGAAUGUUGAGAGCCAUGGUAAUAAAGCAUUCUUAAGCACUUCCCAAUUAUUAUACUUUCUUGUGUUUACUUUUUUUUUCUCCCAGUCAGUUUCAUGAUUGUCUUUAGCUUUAGGAAAUUAGCUUUUUUAAAGUUGCAAUGGUAUAUGUUACUGAUUGGGACUGUCUUCUGUUUGCCCGUACCAAAUGAAAUUAGUUCAUGAACACUUGCACGUAGGCAACCUUCAUACAUAACAAAGUGGCUGAAUGACUUGUUUAACUACAAAACUCUAUUCAGUAUUAAUCAUGGAGCUGUGACCAAUGCUUUCAAAAUCUCGGUAUCAAAAGGGGUCAGUCAUUGUUAGCGCCAACGAAAGAAAAUACUUCAACAGCUGUUUCAGUCCAAUUUUAUGAUGGUGUAAAUCCUCAAUUUAUGUGAGUGUGAAACUGAGUACAGCUGUAGUGAAUCAGUCCCAUAAUACCUGCAGAACUAAACAAAGAUAAAAGCUGCCCCUAAGCAUGGACUGAACCGGUUAGUACCUGUUAUAGAUGUACCUCCUUGCUAAUGUUUAUCUACAACUUUUACAGCCCAGUGGAUCUAAUAAACAAGAGCAACAAAUGAGGUGACACUAGCAACUCCAACUACACACCGGAACGCUGCUGCUAACCUGGACACUUACCAUUUAGCUUUUAGUGAAGUAUAUGGCACACGUUAUUCACACUAGUCAAUGAUCUCCUGGACAUGGGUAAUUUAAAACAAACAAACCUCUUUUAGGGAAGCGAAGUUGGAUUAUUCUGAUAUUUAUCAAUUUUUAAGGCAAGGAGAGAUAAUUAUGAUAAUCUAAGCUGACCCCCUAGAUAACAAAGGCCACAGAUUUCACCUUGUGAUUCCUUCAUUUAGCCCAGGGGUUCUCAAGCGUCUCGCACCAAGACCCCUUCUGACAACAAAAAUUGAUCUCAGGAGAGGGGACUGAACCCUGAGCCCACCUGAUCCCCACAGCCCCAGGCCGGGGGCCAAAACAGAAGCCCGAGGGCUUCAGCCCCGGGCAGGAGGCCUGUAACCUGAUCCCCUCUGCCCAAGGCUGAAGCUCUCUGGCUUUGGCCCUGGACAAUGGGGCUCGGGCUUUGGCCCUGGGCCCUAGCAAGUCAAAUGCCAGCCCUGGCAAUCCCAUUAAAAUGGUGUCAUGACUCAAUUUGGGGUCCCGACCCACAGUUUGAGAACUGCUGAAGCCAAACAACUUGUGGUUGACCUACAGCAUUUCUUUCAGAACGAUAUCCAGUCUUGACUGAAAGAUUCCAAGCGAUGGAGAACUUACAUGUCGUUACUUACCCUCACUGUGAAAUGUGAGCGCCUUAUUUCUAGCUUGAAUCUCACUGACUUCAGCUCCCAGCCAGAUCUUGUUAUGCCUUUGUCUGCUACACAAUGAGCUCUUUAAGAUCAGAUAACUUCUCCCUGUGCUGGUAUGUUCAGACUGUGAUCGAAUUACUCCUUAACCUUUUCUUCAAUAAACUGUAUGGAUUGAUUUUGAUUUUCAGUAUAAGAGACGUUGUCCAGACUUUCAAUCAUUCCUGAAGCUUAUUUCUUAACCCUCUCCAAUUUUUCAACAUCUUUUAAAAGUGCGGACAGCAGAAUUGGACCCAUCAUCCAGUCAGUGGUCUUACCAAUGCCUUACAUACACAUAGGUACUUCGUCCAAGCUCUUAGAAUACCAUAGGUCUGAAUCCAUGUCAACAAAACCAGAGAUGGAGAUUAAAAUAUUUUGUUUAUUAAUUUUAGUUCCUUUAAAUUCACUGCGCUAUGCUUUCUUGCAAUUACUGUAGGCUUGAUUCUGCAAGACUUACUCACGAGUAGGAAUUGCACUUGCAAGUAGUUCCGUUGAAAUCAGUACUCACCAUGUCUGAAAUUCACCCCUGGACUGAUGCUGAAUUUAAGGCUAUGUCCACGCUACACACCUUUUAGAGACAGCUGUGCCGCUAAAAGGUGCGCAGUGUAGCCACUCUUUGUUGGCGGGAGACAGCUCUCCUACCGCCAAAAAAAUUCGACUCCCAACGAGUGGUAGUAGCUUUGUUGGCGGGAGAGCUCUCCUGAUGACAAUGCACUGUUCAUACCGACGCAUUUCAUCGGUAAAACUUUUGUCAUUCGGGGUGUGUUUUUUUUCACACUCCUGAAUGACAAAAGUUUUACCAACAGAAGUCCAGUGUAGGCAAAGCCUAAGUCCUACUUAAGUCCUCAAAAUAGGGUCUAAAUGAAUCUUAAGUGGCAGCUGUCUCUCUGCAUAGAGAUUAAUUUAAGCCAUUGCGUGUAUGGUUUGCAGAACUGGCCUACGUUUGGGAUCUUUAUCAGUAAAGCUUUGGAUUUACUCUCAGGCCUUUUUUCUGUAAUGCCAACUUUGUGUUUCUAAAGUAUGCACAAAAUAUUGAUAAAAUCUUUACAUAUUCAUCAGACUAUUUCAACAAAGGAAUAAAAUGUGGGACCUGGAACAUCUGCAAAAGUGAACAUAUCUGUGUUUCUGAAAAUAGUAUAAAAUGUGUUACAACAAACAGGCGUUUCAUUCAGAGAUAAAAGCUUAUAUGUAAAACAGUACACAUAGGAUUUGCCAUAUUGGUCUGCCUAGACCAGUCUCCUGUUCUACAUUGUCCAAUGUUGGAUACUUCAGAAGAACAUGUAAAACAUCCAAUGGGAUAUUUACUUUAUGUAAUUCUACAUUAUAGAGGUCAUUUUCUCUCCAAUCCUCAGAGGCAAGCCCUAAAACAAGGUAACAAAUGAUUAUUUUAAUUUCAUGCUUUAACCUUUUCAAAAUCUUUCUGGUACCACUAUUUGUCAGACCUGUAGCUUGAAGGAAUGAGUUCCAUAGGUUAAUAUUACACAAUUCCUCUUAUUUUUAAAUUAGUUUCUUUUCUGGUUCAUCAGGCACCCUCUUGUCACUGGAUUAUGACACAUGGUGAACAGGAGCUGAUCUUCUCUAUGCUAUUAUUUUAUGCACCUCUUUUCACAGGGAAUUUUGUGGAUGCUUCUGAUUUUAAUUUUUGUUGAUAUUCUUGGCACUUUUCCCUCUCUGUUUGUUGAGAUGUGGUGUGUCCCCAGAAGAGGAGGACAUUCUAAUAUUCUGCCUCUGAUUCUGCUGUGACUUGAACAAAUGUCCUUACUGACCUUUCCUCAACGGUACAGAUCUCUUUAUUGAGAGAGUCCUUAGCUCAGAACCAGUCAAUGUACUUGAACAGGCUUCACUUUUUCCUUCCAAUGUAUACUGGUUACCUAGUUUGGUAGGUCCUUCUGGACUGGCUCAUCAAAUACUGCCUUGACUGGAUUAAUUUAAAUAAUUUGGUGCCAAUAAAAACGUUGUCACCUUACUAUUCACUUCUUUCUCCGGGUCAUUAAUAAAUGAUAUAUUGAAAAAACAACAACAACAACAACAACAAACUACAUCACACUGUCUGGCUUUCCCAGUCAACUUGGCUAAGAAGAUAGGCACCUCUUUAUUCUGUGGGAUCUUGUGGAUCCCACACAGUCUCUCAAAGAGGGACAGUUACUCCUCAGUGCAGUCAGUCUCUUGAUAAAUUGGGCAGGCUUUCUCCCACUCCUUUCUAGUGAAAGGGGAUGUACUCACAGUCUGAGGCUGCUCCUUGUGCUGCUCCAGGACACUGAGCUGCAACGUGUGAACUUCCCUCUGUUUCAGCUUCUAGAUGUUCAAUGUGUCUUAUAUGAACUUCCUCUUCCAUUUCAGUGGCAGCUUUGGUAGGCUCUCUUCUCAGCCUCCUCAGUUUCUUUCUUCUCGAUCUGGAGUUCCACCAUCAGUAUCUGGUGCUCGUGUUCUUUCUGGGCUUCCUGGAGCUUUAGCAGAACCAGUUCCAUUGCAGCAAUCUCUGUGGCAGCUGAGGUAAGGGUUGCUCAAACCCUGCUGCUUGGUCAAAGUCUCUGUGCAAAGCUCUCAGUUCCUCAACCGUGGCUUUCUUUUUGUGGGAUAUUUCCCUAUUUUUAUUUUUUUCCAAGGUCUUUUGUGUCAAGGUCCUCAUAUGACUGUGAUUCAUUCAUUGUGACUAAUCUUUAACCCUUAAAACUCUCCAUCAAAUUUAAACUUUUAACAGGUCAACUCAGUUGACGUGUGGCAAGUGAAUCCUGCCAAGACUAUGCCAAUUGCCAGGCUGUCUGGAGUUCUCAUAACUGUGAGUGGCUACCUCAGGGCAGACUGUCAGGAAAUAGGGCAGACAUCCCAAAUAGGUGGUGUGUUCUAUAAAUUAGACUUCACCACGCCAUGGCCAAUUGUGAACUCCUGGAUCUCCAUACCAGUCUUACCAUGGAGUUACAGACAGUCCCCUUAGACUCUCCAGUCUGUUUUGUGAUAAAGUGGUUAGUUACACCAAAACUCAGACCAUAUUUAGGUUGCUUCCAAUCCCAAGAAAAGAAAAGAGCUGGUAAGAAGCAAACAGCUCCCAACCAAGAUAUAGACAUUUGCAAUAACUGCCAAAGAUCAUGCAAAUCUCAGACUGGACUAUUCAGUCACAUGAGACAUUGCAAACCAUCCACAUCAAGACAGCAAUUCCCACCCUCUCUCGCAGACGAAAGGAUGCCAACAAAAGUCCCAAGAGACCAGUUACUUGCCCCAGAUCAAUUGGCACUGAUCUUACAGCAAAGACAAUGCCUGUAGCCAAUCCUGUAAUAAAUGAUCUAAUGGUUUAUUAACUAGGAAAAAGAAAUA